CUUAUGAAGAAGAAUUGGAACACGCUAAAGCAGAAUUAUUGUAUAAGUAUAAAGCGAUUCAUGAAGAGCGACUGCGUAAUGCACGAAAAGAAUAACAAAAAUGAAAUGAUCGGUGGUCAUGUAGGCUGUUCAAAUAGGCAACCCGACUCAUUAUUUAAAAAAACUUUCAAGUUCUACAAAAAGCUAUCUGCUAAAUCUGAUUUAUCAAGUGUACUGGAACUUCACCAGUCUUUGCCAUUGAGAGGCGUUAGUUGUGUACCAUUUUCACCUGUGCAUUGCCCUUCAACAUUAGAGUUGUCAAGACUUGGAUUAAGACCUCUCAAUCAGUGGAAGUUAACUACCAUAAAAAACAGGGAUGGCUUGUACGUGCUAACUGAUGUUUUCGAUUCCUCAAGGCAUUUAGAAUGGAUUCAUCGAGCACUUAAAAUUUAUCCUGAACUGCCCAGUAAGACGAAUAUCAGUCUUAAUACUUCUGAUACGCUUGAAAUAUUUCCACGAUAUGCAAAAAAGUUACGAUGGGUUACGAUGGGUCUGCAUUACGACUGGUCGAACAAAACUUAUCCUUACGAAGGAGACCCCAUACCAGAGGAAUUGAGUACACUUGCCAAUUUGAUUUCUUGUUCGCUUGGUCUGAAGGAAAUGAAAGCUGAUGCUGUUAUCAUCAAUUAUUACCCACCGAAAUCGACUUUAUCAGGGCAUAUUGAUAGAUCCGAACGGUCAUUGGAAAAGCCUUUGAUUUCUUUAAGUUUUGCUCAGUCAGCUGUUUACUUAUGCGGCGGUGAAAAUCUUGAUGACCCUGUUGAUGCAUUGUUUUUGCACUCUGGUGAUGUUCUUAUUAUGCAUGGUAGUCAAAGACUCGUAUACCAUGGAGUACCCUUGAUUUUGAAAACGCGAACCUUUGAGACAAGGUCAGAUAUUCCACGAGACAUUAUAGAUUAUGCUAAUUUUAAUCGCAUUUGCAUAACUCUAAGACAAGUCAAUAAAACUGAAAAGUAA